AUGGACACUUCUCACAACAACCUGCAGCCAGUUCUCUCUCCUAACGACCUUGAGACCUUGUUAGUACAGUCCUCCCCUGACAGGCUGGGAGCAGUCCCUAUCUGUGUUUGGAGUUCUUCUCAGUCUCGGAGUUUCCCUUAUCUGCAUGUGAAAUGGUACCAGCGCAGCUGGCAUCCCAGCAAUGUGUUGAUGGCAAAAGUCAAUCACCUCCCGAACCUACAAGCAGCGGUACUACGGGAGGCCCUUGGAGCUCUCCCGGACCGCAGCGGGCUGGGACCAGCAUCUCCCCCUGAGCGGGACGCCUCUCGGAGCUCCCAAACUCUCCUGUCUGUUUGCGAAAAUUGGAGAUGUGGCCCUUGCUUAAGGAUAGCCCCGGCUUUCAAUGCUCUGAGUAACAAAUAUCCCCAGGCAACUUUUUUGGAAGUAGAUGUGCAUCAAUGCCAGGGAACAGCUGCUACCAAUAAUAUAUCAGCAACGCCGACAUUUCUGUUUUUCCGAAACAAAGUGCGAAUCGACCAAUAUCAAGGAGCAGAUGCUGUAGGUUUAGAAGAAAAAAUUAAACAGCACCUGGAGAAUGAUCCUGGAAACAGUGAAGAUACAGAUAUCCCAAAAGGAUAUAUGGAUUUAAUGCCAUUUAUCAAUAAAGCCGGCUGUGAAUGUCUUAAUGAGAGUGAUGAGCAUGGAUUUGAUAAUUGUUUACGUAAAGACUCUACCUACUUGGAAUCAGACUGUGAUGAGCAGCUGCUUAUUACUGUAGCUUUUAGUCAACCUGUCAAGCUUUAUUCUAUGAAACUUCAGGGGCCAGAUAAUGGGCAAGGUCCAAAGUACAUAAAAAUCUUUAUCAACCUUCCUCGAUCUAUGGAUUUUGAAGAAGCAGAAAGAAGUGAACCAACUCAAGCCCUGGAACUGACACCAGAUGAUAUUAAAGAAGAUGGUAUUAUCCAGCUUCGCUAUGUAAAAUUUCAGAAUGUUAACAGUGUAACUUUGUUUGUCCAAUCCAAUCAUGGUGAUGAAGAGACAACAAGAAUUACAUACUUCACAUUUAUUGGAACUCCAGUCCAAGCGACAAAUAUGAAUGACUUCAAGCGAGUAGUUGGCAAAAAAGGAGAGAGCCACUAGGACGCAAAAGACACUGGAAGGCCUUAACACAAUCAGAGAUCUUCACUUUUAUCUACAACUCCUGGAUAAUUGCUUGACCAUAACCAGAGACUGUCAAUCUGUUUCAUUUAAUGCCAUUACCAAUAAAUCAUUGCUUU